CUUCUUUCCCGGCCUUUGACGUCAGGGCUGUCCGCACCGGAGCAUCCCAGCGUCCGAUCCCGGCUCAGGCAGCAGGAGAAGGCUCGGCGGGCUCCCCUUGCCUUGCCUUGCCUUUGGGGGGAGCAUCCCCAGCUGCAUCCUCUGCAUCCUCUGCUGCAUCCUCCUCUGCAUCCUGCACGAUGUCGGUGGCGGGGCUGAAGAAGCAGUUCCACAAGGCUACCCAGAAAGUGAGCGAGAAGGUUGGUGGAGCAGAAGGAACCAAGCUAGAUGAGGAUUUCAAAGAUAUGGAAAAAAAAGUGGACAUCACCAGCAGGGCUGUGAUGGAAAUAAUGACCAGGACAAUAGAAUACCUUCAACCUAACCCAGCUUCCAGAGCUAGGCUCAGCAUGCUCAACACCAUGUCCAAAAUUAGAGGGCAGGAAAAAGGACCAGGUUACCCUCAAGCUGAGGCUCUUCUCGCAGAAGCAAUGUUGAAGUUUUCAAAAGAACUUGGAGACGAAUGCAACUUUGGCCCAGCUCUAGGGGAUGUUGGGGAAGCCAUGAGGGAGCUUUCUGAAGUCAAAGACUGUUUGGACAUUGAAGUGAAACAGAAUUUCAUUGAUCCUCUUCAAAAUCUCCAUGACAAAGAUCUGAGGGAAAUACAGCACCACCUGAAAAAAUUGGAGGGAAGACGCCUUGACUUUGAUUACAAGAAGAAAAGACAAGGCAAGAUCCCAGAUGAUGAACUUCGUCAAGCUCUGGAGAAGUUUGAUGAGUCAAAGGAAAUUGCUGAAUCCAGCAUGUUUAAUUUGCUAGAGAUGGAUAUUGAGCAAGUGAGCCAGCUUUCUGCACUUGUACAAGCCCAGCUGGAAUAUCACAAACAAGCCACACAGAUCCUCCAACAAGUUAGUUCCAGGUUGGAAGAGAGGAUAAAAGAAGCAUCAGUUCAGCCCAGGAGAGAAUAUCAGCCAAAGCCGCGCAUGAGCUUGGACUUCAGCAGUGAAAAUACUCAACACAAUGGAGGGAUCAAUACCGCCACCACUCCAAAACCCACAAGUGUUUCCAUGGACCAGCCAUGCUGUCGAGCUCUGUAUGACUUUGAUCCAGAAAAUGAAGGGGAGCUUGGCUUUAAAGAGGGUGAUGUCAUUACCCUCACUAACCAGAUUGAUGAAAACUGGUAUGAAGGGAUGCUUCAUGGCCAGUCGGGCUUCUUUCCUAUCAAUUAUGUGGAAAUUCUUGUUCCUUUGCCUCAUUAGAAUGGCUGAGUCCACAUGUCUUGAAUCCACAUUCCCCCACAAACAAAAGUCAUGUGUUAGUACCACUGCUUUUAAAACUACAGAAACAAAUCAAUAAAAUGGCUGCUUGCUCCACAUCACAAGUACAAGCUGCAGUGGUGAAACUAGUCAUCAGGCCCCACAGACGAUAUUUGGUUUUGUGUCAUUGUGCUGCAUAGUGGUGAUGUGUGGUAUCUUCUCGAGACAGUGGAACCAGGCAUGUGGGGUUUCAUAUUGCUGCCAUGGCUGGCUCAGAAAUGUUUGCAGUCAUGGGAAGGAAAGGUGGUAGUAACCAGUGAUGUGUGGUAUGGAGGCAAUGGGAAUGGUUGAGAUAUUGGGGAAGAUAAAGCAUAUCACCACUCAAAUGCCAUUUUAGUUCUCUACAGAAUGAGGGAGAAAUUAUCUUUGGUCAUUCCAUCUCUCCCUUCCAAAGGAUGUGGUUUAUGCAAGCCUAGAAAUUACUGACCUGCUUUUCGUAUCUUAUCUCAAAAUGACUUGAGUCCUGUAUUAGGAGAACCAAGAAAACACAUUCUCCAGGUUCUCUGUAAAUGAGCCACCACUAAUCUGUACAUGCUGUUGGCAUAGAACCAGCUUUUAUGUAUUAGAUCAGAAGGGUGACAGAAAGUAGGUUGGGAUUUACAGGAAGGCCUUGAGUGAUUUGCAGUAAAUUGCCCAGGGUUUCCGACUUAGCGAAAGCAAGAGUGAAGUGACUUUUACCACCUAUAUUAGGCUGCUGAAGUGAAGAGAGCUGAAGGUAACCAGGAGAGGACUUCUGUAUGAAAGGAGUGUGAGCUCACCUCUUCACACCUCACUUCUGGUACUUUAUUCCAAGGCUCAGAAUAAACUUAGAAGCACCCUGGUUGUUUUCAUUUCUAAGGGUAUGCAUUUUGCACUGGGCUCUGGUUAGUGGAUCUUGGGAUUCUAGAAUGAAAUAAAAUAGAUCAGACAGAUCUGGAAGUCUACCCUCCACUGGACUAGGGCCUUUUCAGUAUCCAGGCUGCAUUUCCAAUGUAUCCAAAGAUCGGGACAGGCAAACUAAGUAUAGAUCCACAGAUCCAGUGUGGAUGCUCAGAAACUGAAAGUAAAAAGUAUAUAGUGCCAGCAGCAAAUAUAUGAAGCUAGAAGAAGAAAAUAAAUAAAAGUGUAACUGUUUUCACUUCAUGUAAAGUGUAGGCACAAAAUCAUUGUAAUUUUAAAACACCAAGAGCCCUUGUUCUACAUAGUCACUAAAAGGAAUAAUUAUGAAAAGCAAAUUACACCAUGUAUGUUUAUUUUCAUCUACCUUGUGUUCUUUGAACAUCAUUUGUGUAUAUUCUGCCCUCAGUGAGGACUAAAUUUAAAAAUGAAAUCUUUGUGCUGAGCAAUUAAGCAACAUGUGGCUAUAUAUGCAAAAACAUUUGACUUAUUUUUCUCUCCGGAUUCUCCUAUAUAUAUUGGUUUUUUUCCCAUUCCACUUCUUGCAUUUUGUGUGUAUAGUGAUCUGUCUAGCCAAUUCACUGUUCUUUUUGGUAACUGCUGUAAGAGCUUGUUUAAUUUGAGUUACCCAGGGUUCUGUUUAUCUAGAGAUACCUGUACAGACUCUUCCUGUGCUGCUUCAGAUGUGCCACUACAGUAUUGGACCAUGUGAAAUGAAGGCAAUCCUUUUGCUUUUAAUGUAUGAACUAUAUAAUUGAAAGCACUGAUAUUUCAAAUAAAAAUGCUGACUGA